CGGACAUCUGGGCUUCCCUCCCUUGUCCGGAUUUUCGCCUUCUUUCACACUCCCUUCCCCCUCCCGCUGCAUAAAAAGGUUGCCCCCCCACCGUCCAUCGUCCUCCAUCAGCUAACGCUAACAGCCAAAGCGAUUACGCACCCAGGGUCACCCACACAUCACUCCCGAAACCAAACCCCCACACAGCAAACCAACACAGCAAACCAAACAUGCUCGAAGCCCGCCUCUCCCACGCAUCCAUCCUCAAGAAGCUCCUCGAUGCCAUCAAGGAACUCGUCACCGAUGCAAACUUCGACUGCAACGACUCGGGGAUCGCCCUACAAGCCAUGGACAACUCCCACGUAGCUCUCGUCGCCCUCAUGCUCCGUGCGCAAGGGUUCGAACACUUUCGGUGUGACAGGAACCACUCCCUGGGGAUCUCGCUUGCGAGCUUGUCCAAGGUUUUGAGGAGUGCUGGAAAUGAUGAUACGUUGACUAUCAAGAGCGAGGAGAAUGGAGAUUUGCUUCAGUUGGUGUUUGAGAGCCCUAACGUCGACAGGGUCAGCGAGUACGACCUCAAGUUGAUGGACAUUGAUUCCGAGCACUUGGGUAUCCCCGACACUGCGUACGACGCUGUUGUAAAGAUGUCUUCCGCCGAGUUCCAACGCAUUUGCCGAGAUCUCUUUGUCCUGAGCGAGUCUGUCACAAUCGAAGUCGACAAGGAAGGCGUGAAAUUCUCCGCAGCAGGCGAAAUCGGGUCCGGCUCUGUCCGCGUCAAGCAAGGCGCCUCGGUCGACGACGACGCAGCCACGACGACCAUUGAGCUAAACCAGUCGGUCUCGCUGACCUUCUCCCUCAAGUACCUCACCAACUUCACAAAAGCGACCCCCUUGUCGGAUACCGUCAGCCUCAACCUUAGCCCGGAGGUACCGCUGCUUGUUGAGUACAAGGUUAGCGAGGUCGGGUACAUAAGAUACUACCUCGCUCCCAAGAUCGGCGAGGACGAAUAGUUACCUUCUUUUCACUCUCUCCUCUCCCUACUUGCCCGUGACUACUUCCUCCAGGGCAACUAGUCCCUACUUCGCCCUUAUAUAUCCCUCCUUUCUCCUCGGCCAUCCCACUUUCCCUCUCGGCCUUUUGUACUUGUAUAUUGUUAUUCUCAUGAUUUGGUUUAUACAACCUAUCUUAUCAUGCAUGUGUGCGGCUCUGA